GGACCCACCGCCAGACCGAAUAGACCCGCCGUCUAUGUGACACAAGUGGACCAUGAAAUUAAUUUAAAUCGUUUCUAGAAGUGUAUAGACAAACCUAUUUACCUAGGGAAUCUAGUAUUUCGUAACCAAACACUGUGACAUUAGAUAAUCCUGCUCAUAAACCAUAAAAACCCAGAUUUGAAGAAACGUAUCCAAGUUACUAAGACAGUGAUAGCCGCCAUUAUCCCGCCUAAACCCUUCCAUUGUCUCACUGUUUACCUGCAAGUGGGCGGAGUUUGCACCCUAAUUACACCGCUGCGCCUACGCAUAAAAAGGUCGAAAAUUUGAAAUUUCGUCGCAGUUCCACAGUGAGCUUCUUUGCAAUCUGUGGACCUCCAGUGCUUCUCUGACCGCGUCGUCCCUCCGGACAUCCGGCCCUCCUCGUCGCCCUCCCAUUGUAUCCCUCAUCAAAUUUAAAAAUUCAAACGUGUUUUGAUUGAACAAUUUGGAUAUCCUAGUGUGACGCAGUGUUCUAUAGCUAAUAUUUAGCGAAACAUUGCGGCGUGCAGUAAUAGUAUGUUCGCAUUUCUUGUGAACUACCAUUUAGCAGCUACUUUGGAAUUGUGUUAUAAUCUGGACAAGAAGGAAAAAGAGCUUAUCCAGAUGAUUGACAAUGAGGAACAGGGGGAGGAUUGCUGGGAGGACUCGUGGGAACCGAGUGACUAUGGUACGCGGCAAAACAAAUUAGAUUGCAGCACGCCCUCCUUUGAGAGACACGCUACUAACUACGCAUACUUUGGCAGUGAUUUGAGUGAAAUUGAUCCAAAUGAAGAAUCAUAUUACGAUAUCAGAGACUUUGUGUCCAUAUCCAGCCUGCACACGACCGCAACUGAGGACUUCAUACCUAACGACCUAUCUUUAUUAGCUAGAAACCAGUGCAUGGACGCAGCUGGUUACUACACAUCUUAUGGCGUACCAUCCAUAGACGAAAUGGACGCGCCAGAUUACAUACUAGUUGCUGAUGAGGUCGCAAAUGAUGGCGACCCUCGUGAUGAAGUUCCAGCUGAAGGCAUCGCUCGUGAUGAAGUUCCAGCUGAAGACGUCUCUUGUGAUGAAGUUCCAGCUGAAGGCAUCGGUCGUGAUGAGGUUGCAACUGAGAGCGUCGCAUCUGUCUCCGACAGAAUGAGAUCCGGAGAUUCCAUUCUGUCGGAGACAAAUGACACAGAUUUCGAACUUGUUGAUAAUGAGGUCGCAGCUGAUGGCGGCCCUUGUGAUGAUGUCGUCGCAUCGCAUAGAGCAUCGGAAUCGGACAGAAUGGAAUCUCCAGAUUUCAUUAUACUAAGUACUGAGGUUGUAGCUGAUGACGUCCCUCGCGAUGAGGCCGCAGGUGAGGACAUCGCUCCCGUUGGCGCAUCGGAGGCUGACAGAAUUGAAUCUCCAGAUUUCAUUAUAGUAAGUAGUGAGGUGGCACCCGAUGGCGUCACUCAGGAUGAGGUUGCAACCGUUAGCGUCGCCCCUGCUGACGUGUCGGUCUCGAAGAGAUUGGAAACUGAAAAAGUUAAAGUGGUGUCCAACGAAGACGAAGUAUCGUCAUUUGAAGAAGAUAGUGAAUCUUCAGAUGAAACUUUAUUAGAAGCUGGCGACUCUUCACUUGAAGAUGAUGAAUCUUCAUUUGAAGACGAUAAUGAAGAAGACUCUUCCUUUGAAGAAGAAGAAGAAUAUUCUUCGUAUGAAGAUUCGUCAUUUGAAGACUCGGGAUGGUCUUUCCCCCCGCGGGCACCACCAGCCUACACCUUGCCUAUACCGAAGUGGGUGAUAAAAAAACCGGCGGAACAUCCACAGUCGGUGGAAGAUAUUUACAAAAACCCUCGGCCAGGGCCCAGUCACGCCCCAGAUUAUUUUGUUCCGGCACCAAACAGAUCGGAUUCAUCAGGAUCAUCUCAAUCUUACAACUUUCCCUCCGAGGAGGAGAACCAACGACCAGUACCUGUCGUGUCCAACGAACCAUUAAGAAAUUGGAUUCGUGCGUCGAUACCAGAUAUAUCAAUGCCAGCAGAUAGUAUUUGGUUCCCGAUGCCGGGACAUCUGUCGAAUCCAGCCAAUUUUAACUUACCAUCCUACAGAAAAGAAUCCGUGUGGUCCCGAGACCGUUUAACCGAGACCCUGGCCCGAGAAGAACUCCUAAAUCAUGACCCCAAACCUGGAGAAGAUAGAGUUGCCCUCUUCUUCAAACAUUUCGAACUAGGCACUAUACCGCCCCCCUCAAAGUGGUAAAUCCACCGAGUAGUGUACAACUACUGACUUAUAUACAUUUGUGAUCAUGCGAUUUUAGUUAAAGACUAUUUUAGGUAAGUUAGUUUACGCUACGUAUGUGGAGGUAGUCUGUUCUCUUAAACACAUUUUUUCAUCUCAGUUUCGGUUUUAACUACAGUCUUUUAGCUUUAAUAUUUAUUUAUACACAUUUUAUAAUUCUUUUCAUUCUUAUUUCAAUGAUUAUUGACAGUGCAGACAAUUGCCUGUAAUUUUUUUUAAAGUAUUGUUGAAUACAGUUUUAUUUUUUUAUUUAUUUGACGAAACUAUCACGACAGUCAAUAAUUCGAUAGUGGACCAUUUUAUUAUUGCAAUAGUUUUCUAUGCAUGUUAUAGAAUAUGACAAUAUUUCAAUUCAUGACCAAGAGAAUAGUGUUAAGUUAGUAUUCGUAGGAUUUAGAUUACAAUUAUUGUAAUCUUAAAAAAUAUUGCAAUAAAAACACAAAAAAAUAAUAAAAAUGUUAAAUGUGAUAUACUUUUUUGGGUAUCACAAUAAAAAAAUAUUAAAACAAUAAAAACGAAAAAAAAAUAUUAGUUUUAAAUUGAAUGUCAUUUUUGACAUUUGUUUUUAAAUGAUAAUGACAGGAUUCACAGUUGUAGGCGACGCAUUGUUCCAUUGACAAACAGAUGUACUGAUCGAAUCUGCCAACCCUUAGUUUUUUACAGUAUUUUAUCAUUUUUAACCUCUUGACUCCAUUUUAAUCAUAAUUUAAUAAUUUCAAUUUGAUUUUUUAUUAUACAUACACAAUAAUUUGAUAAAAAAUGUAAAAUUGUUUUAAAAACGUUUAAUCUAUCUGAAAAUGUAUUGAUUAUUACAAUAUCAAGUGCCUGUCAACUUAGUAAUAAGAAAAUCUCUUAGUUUAUAAUAUCGUUACUCAAUUACUAUUAUAAAUAAUUGAAUUCGUAUUUUUGUUAGCAUGAUCCAUGUACAGGGUUAUUGGUAAAAUUUAAUUUAACCUGAUUUCCAUUGUUAUUAUGAUUCAUAGCUUGCUCACGUAACUCGACGAGGGGACUCGAUUAGUUUCAAGCCACGCUUGGGGCUCAUAGUCAUCAGUAGAAAAUGACGAGAACGAUCGAUAUACUAGUUAUGUUACCUCGAUCACCGUUACGUGAGUUAGCCGUCAGUUAUAAUGAAAACUUUUCUAAGUCUUUAUAUAAAAAUCUAUUUUUAUUGUAAUUUAUAAUUAAUUUAUUCAAUUUUUGUUAAUUAUUAUAUCUAUUGAUGUCAAUUUUAAUUGUUGCUUAUGUCAAUUUUAAUAGAAAUUGUUGCUAAUGUCAAUUAUAAUUUAAUUUACAUGAAAAUUGAUAUUAUGCUUUUCGAAACGAAAAGUAAAAUCUGAGAAUGUGAUAAUUUGAGAGUGUGUGAUGUAUUUGUAUGGUGAUGCAAUUUGUUUGUUUGACAAAAUGUUAUUCUGUGUAUUGAGAUUUGGAAGUAUUUGUGUUUGUAGAUUAGUACUACAAGACGACGGCAGACGUAUAUCGAAGUAUCGAUAUUAUUGUAACAACAUAACACCUCUACAGACAUAUAUUACUUCUAUUUUUUCAACUGUUGUAAACUUUAUGAAUAACCGUGUAUAUUUGUUUUAAAUUAAUAAUAAUUGAGUAACCACCCCAACCUUUUGUUUUGUUUAUUUCACCCUACAUUAAAUUGCUGAAAGUAUUGUAUUGCCUCGGGUUUGAUUCUCGAGUUGAGCAAAUUAGAUUUUUUGUGUUU